UAGGUGGAGUCCAGAUCCACUCCAUACCAGUUGGUAUUAAUGCACAAUAAUAUUGUUUGCCAACAGCCAUAAAACAUCAAAAAGAAGAGAAAGAAGACGAAGAAGAAGAAGAAGAAGAAGAAGAAGAAGAAGAAGAAGAAGAAGAAGAAGAAGAAGAAGAAGAAGAAGAAGAAGAAGACGAUAUGGCGACUGCCAGCUGUCUGCUGUCAGAGGAGAAGUUCCUGUGUUCUGUCUGUCUGGAUGUGUUCACUGAGCCAGUCUCAACGCCCUGUGGACACAAUUUCUGUAGUGCAUGUAUUCAUACGUAUUGGGACGGGUGUGACAUUUACCAGUGUCCUUUAUGCAAAACGCCAUUUUCUCCAAGACCUGAACUCCAAGUCAACACUGUCAUGUCUGAGUUAGCUGCUGAGUUUAAGACAUUAGUUCGAAUCAAAGCCUCAACUCCAGACCCACAUCUCCCUGGAUCAGCAGACGUUCUUUGUGACAUCUGCUCUGAGAUGAAGCUAAAUGCUGUUAAAUCUUGCCAGACGUGUCUAGUGUCUUUCUGUGAAAUGCACCUUGAGCCACAUCAUAGAGUUGCUGCUCUCAAGGGCCACACAUUAUUAGACCCUGUGAAGAAUCUUGAUGACAGAAUGUGCAAGACGCACAACAAGACAACAGAACUGUACUGCAGGACUGAGCAGGCCUGUAUCUGUGUCUCGUGUUUCAAAACCGAUCACAAGAGUCACAACGUUGUCCCACUUGAGGAAGAAUAUGAAGCAAUGAUGGCAAGAAAAGAUGAGACCAUGGCAAAUAUCCAACAGACCAUACAAUCACGGUCCAAGAAAAUAGCUGAGAUUGAAAACUCUGUUGACGUCAGCCAAAGAGAAGCUGAGAAAGAGAAAGAAACCAGUGAGCAGGUCUUCACUGACUUGAUCCGCUCCCUCCAGAGAAGCCAGGCCGAGCUUGCUGAGGUGAUUGAGGAGAGGUACAGAGCAACAAAGCAAAAGGCUGAAGGUUUUCUCACAGAACUGAGGAUGGAGAUCGCUGAGCUCGAGAGCAGAAGCACCCAGCUGGAGCAGCUGUCACGUUCUGAGGAUCACCACCAUUUUCUCCAGAGCUUCCCAACCUUGUGCUCCCCUUUAAACAAGGACUGGGCCAAGAUUGGUGUUCACAGCGAUCUGUCUUUCAAGGCAGUGAAAGGAGCUAUGACGCAGCUGAAACAGAAAGUUGAUGAAAUAAUGGAAGAGCUUCCUGAGAUCAAAAUGAAAAAAAUGAGAGAACAUGCAGUGGACUUGACCUUUGACCCUGACACAGCAUUUUGCUCACUUGUCAUAAGCCAGGAUGGAAAACAGGUGAAAGAUGUAGACACGGAACAGAAUCUUCCCGACAGCCCAAAGAGAUUUAAAGUGUUUUCAGAUAUUUUGGCAAAGGAGGGAUUCACAACAGGGAAGUUUUACUAUGAAGUGCAAGUGAAAGGAAAUACUGACUGGAUUCUUGGAGUGGUCAAAGAGUCUGUUGAUAGAAAGGAGGAAAUAGCUCUGUCAGUUAAAAAUGGUUACUGGACCAUUGGGCUUGAUGACAGUAUAUAUUAUGCAUACACAAAAGCAAGUGUUAAAAUCACACUAAAAGAAAAGCUUGAGAAGGUGGGCGUCUUUGUGGACUAUAUUAAGGGAGUGGUUUCUUUCUACAAUGUGAAUUCUAAAUCAAAUAUCUAUUCUUUCACUGGCUGCCACUUUACAGAGAAACUGUAUCCAUACUUCUGCACUCAAGGCAACACAAAUGGAACAAACUCUGCCCCGAUCAUCAUAACCCCUGUUCCUCAAACACACUGAGUUUGUUCUUUCUUUAAAAACCACGGAAAAAUGAACAUUGGUCUCUUUUUACACACUUAACAGGGGUCCGUUUCAGAAAACGGGUUUAGUGAAAACUAAAUGUUAUAUUGGUAAUCUACUGAUCUCUUUAUCUACAGGUUCUACUUUACUGUAAAUGUGUAAAUGUAAACUACUGAUUCUAAUGUUACACAGUAAUGUUGUCAGAUCUUGUAGUAUAAUGGGGAUAUAAUUUAAUGUUACUUUAAUAAGACAAAACAAAGCAUGCUGUCAGUGAUUGUUAAAUUGUGAUUUUCCUGCAAAAUCACAUCACACAGAUCUCCUUGGCCCUUUGAAUCCAGCCAUACUGUUUAUAGCCACUACCCUGACUACGAUUUAUCAGAUGGAAAAUUACAGAAAGGGACAGUACUGGGAAGACCAGUGUGUACGCAGUCUUCAUUUUGCUUUGUUCUUGUAAUUUGCAGUGGCUUUGUGCAUUUGACAAGUUUGUGUAAAUAAACUGCACAUUAAGACUGA